AUGUUCCCCCUCGGCAACGGCGUCAGCGACCUGGCCAAUCACAACGUCUACACCACAUGCAGCAGAAUCCGGUCCGGCGUCACGAAGCCAGUCCGACACCACGUGUGGUCCGAGCUCUACAACGGCGCAGAGGGCCUUCCCCCAGGACCCAAUACCGACAAGAGACGACCACCUCCAAACCAUGGGGAUACCCAACAUUGGCAAGCCCAGGCAAUUCCGGCAGUGUUCACUUGGAUCGAUGCGAAUUGCAAGAUCUCCAUGUCUUUGAUGCGUUCAGUGCUGGAGCUUCUGGAUAUGGUAGCCUGCGCUAUCGUGGAGAUUGAUACCGCUGCAGACAUCAUUGAAAGCAAGAACGCGACGUACAAAACCGCUGUAUGGCUGGUGGACCAACUGGGUUUGGAAGUCAACGGUCUUGCCGUUGCAGUGGAGGCCAUGGCAGUGGACACCAUCGCCCCCCUACGAUGCCUUGGGAUGGGAGAGCUGGAUUGGCUUGACGAUCGCAAUGGAAGCAAACACGCGUCUGGCUCUUGGUACUUCAUUUCAUGUAUUUCGGACCGGAACAAGGCGUCUCCGCAUAAACAUCAGACCGGGCACAUGCCCACUUCCGAACAUGCUGUGCCAUUCUUCUUCAUGAUCAACUGGUGCACUGUGGUCCGAUUGAUGGGGGCUUCUGCAUGAGCAACUUUCUCCUUUCCUCCUCGUACUUUCUCGCAAUCGGCAUCUCUUGCCAUCAGCGCGUGUGAGACCUGGAUGAGAUAUUGCCGACGAUGUCCCUGAGCGCACAGGGGGGUUGAGACAUGUGGGUAAUAAGGUUCUGCGCCGUUACCGUACUGUCGGGUCGAAGCAGGGGCGCAAGGGCCUUUUGCAGAGUCUCCGUCAGCCUGUGGUGCCGAAGGAGGAAACGAGCCCGUGAACGAGGGUCCGUCCGCCUGCAUCCAUCAGUACCGCACAACCCCCACAAGGGCCCUAGCCUCCCUGUCAGAACAGAGAAAGGUACGCGGCCGUGGGGGCUAGC